AUGGGCGUUGCAUUAUUGUACCACUGUUGUGUUCACCCUUGGCCUAUGCGCGCAACUGCGGGUACCCCUGCUCCCGCUCUCCUUGACUCCCCUGAUUUCGAAUUGUCCCGAUGUCCUGACUGGAUCACUACCCCAUGCAUUCCUAUCCAAUCCCUGGCUCAUGUUGAUCUGUGUCUGAAUUUCUGGUUGCACACCGUUCUUGUAACAAUGCGAUGUCCUCAGUUUUGUUUAUCUGUAUACUGGGAAGCCGGUUGCAACACAUACUUGAAGCGAAUGAGAACUGUCAACGAUUGCGUUAGGCUGGCAAGUCUGCACAGAAUCGAGACCCGCUCUUUCUCUGGGCCAAGUCGAGUCAAGGGCCGAGAGCAGGAGAGCAUGGCUGUUGUCGUUGCCGUUGCCGUUGCCGUUGCCGUUGCCGUUGUCAUUGCCCUUGCCAUUGCUGCCACCGUUGCUGUUGAGUACUGUAGUCUAGUUCGAUCACAUCCCGCUCAGUGGUUUAUUUAA